AGUGCGCAUGCGACAACAUGUCGCCACUCCGCGGAAACAUGCGAUAUUAGUGAUCGAUAGAAAAUAAAGCGCACAAAGCAAAAGUGCGCGUAAAGCUUGGCCAAGCUUGGCGGAGAAGGGAGAGCGAAAGAGAGAGAGAGAGAGCGCGGUGUCCGUUAACGAGCGAAUUUCCCGAUCGGGUGGAAUCCUAGACGCGCGCGAGGAUGGACUUCAACGUGAAGAAGCUGGUGAAGGAUGCGGGAGCCGCCCUCAGCAGAGUCGUGCAGUUAACAGAGGAGACGCUGGGCACCUCGGAAAAAACAGAGUUGGACGCGCACUUAGAGCAUUUAGUGGAGAGAGGAAAUGCCACCAAAACGUGGACAGAGAAGAUACUGCGAAACAUGGAAGCUGUGCUCACUCCGAAUCCUGGCAAUAGGAUCGAAGAUUUCUUCUAUGAAAAGAUUGAUAAGAAGAAACCUAAUAGGCUGAGCAACUUGGAGUAUGUAGGCAUUGAUAUGAUUCAAGCUGGAAACGAUUUUGGUCCAGGAGUAGCUUAUGGCAGCGCGUUAAUAAAGGUUGGCCAAUGCCAGCAGAAGUUGGGACAGGUUGAGAGAGAUUUUAUAGGGAUCGCUGCUAACUGUUACAUACAGCCUUUGAGGAAGUUUCUGGAUGGAGAGAUGAAAACUGUUAGCAAGGAGAUGGCAAUAUUGGAAACUAAAAGAUUGGACUUGGACGCGUGUAAAAACAGAGUGAGAAAAGCGAGAAGUCUGCUGGGCCAACAGAGUGAGUCUGGCGUACCACCCGAAGUGUUGCUUGAUCAGGCAGAGAGGGAGUUGAGGGUAGCGCAGUCGGAAUUCGAUCGGCAAGCGGAGAUCGUGAAGCUGCUGCUGGAGGGUGUUUCAAGCUCGCAAGCUGGACACCUGCGAUGCCUGCACGAGUUCGUGGAAGCGCAAGCCCGCCACCACGCCCAGUGUCACGCCGUCAUGCAGGACCUGCAGCGCGAGCUCGCCGGCCUACCUGGGGGUCCCUAUUACACCACCCCACCAGCCUCCACCAAUGCAUUAGCAGAGAACGAUCAGGACCGAGCGAGAGUGUUAUGCAAUUACGACGCGAGAGAUCCUAGCGAAUUAAGCGUCGUGCAGGACGAGCUCGCUGCCUAAGGCCCGUUUGAAGCUUAAAUCACCGUUCGGGACUGCGUUCUCGUCGCUUUCUCCAUAAAGACGCAGGGACCGAAUUUCUCUCGUCCACCUAUCGAAAGAGAAACACAAUACACUAUCGUUUGUUGAAGUUCUCGAUAUACAUUAGACGUAUCGUUUAAAAACUUACCUUGAACCGUUCUCGUAUCUGUAAGUCUUCGAGGAUACCUCCCACCCUUUCUAAUCUCACCUUUUUGCUCUCUUGAUACUAACGAUAUUGUACUGGUGCAUUUACCCACAAGCAGCUAAUACAUUGUUAACUCUCGAGAUACUACACGUAUUCUAGACGAAAAUAUAUAUUUAUUUCGAGGAAGAAAUUGCAUUCGCCUUGUUACACUCCUCCCCCCGCGAGUCAUAGAUCGUGAGGGGGCGGAACACACACCGAGAGAAAUAUUGUGCAGAUUGUGAUAGUCGUGCAAUGCAGUUAGUUAUAUGAAGAGAUAAAACGGACUAAUCGCUUUCAAUCAGGAGAGAAGAAAUAUUUUCUAAAGAGACACGCUGUAACAGAGAGAGAGACAGUAAUAACGAUAACAGCAAUAUUAGUAAGGUUCACGAAUAUUACAUGCGAUCUUUCGAAGGAACGCAUUCCUUCGUCAUGAGAAAAAAUGUGUCCGAUGAAAUUUGCUCGGGAAAUAAGAUUAAUCCCACUGAGGAGAGAUCGAUUGAUUUCCGUGAAAUUAGCGAUUAUAUUCGUCCCGUUUACCUACACCGUGUACUAUUGUGCAUGAUAGAGAUAGUGUCGAUUAUCAAGUUGUACAUCGAAGGAAUUUAUUUGCAUCAGCCUUCUUUCGACGUCAUAGUCGUUGAUACGUCAUAUUUUAGUAUUGCGUACACUUUUAGAUUUACUGAUUUGUAAAGUGACACGAAAAAAGAAAAGGCGAUGUCUCUCCCUUUAGAUUUUAUGCGAAACAUGUACACACUCGCGAAGGGCCGAGUCACAAGCGUACUUGUACGCGAGACGAAUUACUGUAUGUGUAUAUUUAUUCGAGUUGUGCAUGUAUUAUCAAUAAACAUCUGCCGUUUUACUUUGUUAAA